UCGAUCGCCCUAACUCGCGUGUCUGGAUGAGAGAAUGAGGUUGGGACUUGGAGGUGUCCUUGUCGCUACCGUGGGCAAGCGGUUCUCAAGGUGCUCAUAAGAUAUGCCAGGCUCAACUGGGGAACUCCUUCCGUUUGAUUUCAUCACGGUUACCUAGAGCCUCACACUUUAAUAGCAACGACUAUAUUUCUGAAUAGAUAUUUAACUUACCUCAUUAAAGCGACUUGCGAAAUGCGUUCACUAGAGAGAUCAACUUGAUGACAAGAAUUGUGUAUUUAGAAAUAUAGUCAUCACUAUUAAAAGAGUUGUUAUAAUUUAGCAUCUUACGCCAUUUUUAAUGGUUCUCCGCUUUUGCGUUUUUCCAAAACAGGACUUUUAUAGGUAAAAUUAUACACCUGACAGUUUUGGUUUUGGCUGUGGCUAAUCAGACAAAAAAUAUACACAUAAGCCUAAGUAUCUUGAAUAAUCUUAUUUUGCUAAUUGUGUGUAUGUAAGCUUUCACACUUUAAACUAGAAAUUUGUUGAAAUGAUGUGUUCCAUCAAAUUUCUGAAACAAACAUUUACGUAUGACGUUGCUGUGGAUUUGAAAGCUGUAUCUCGUUAAGUAAUAUAUUUUUCCUGACGAAGAAAACUGAGGAGAGCAUCAGUUUCCAGCACAUGAGGGACCAAAAGUGUUAAUUCUGUACUACGUGAAGGCAGAUAAAUAGCUUAUCUUCAUUUUCAUAAUUCACACCUGUGAUUAUGUUUCUUCCAAAGUUUCUUUGAAGUUUGUCGAAAUGUAUUUUUUUUCAGAAAAAAAAAUCAGUUCAGUGUUAGGUAUCCAAGAGGACAUACGUAUGAAAAUUGACAACUAUGUACAUGAUACAGAAGUAUGCACAAAUCUGCAAGAUUCAUGCCGUGUUUCAUGAGAAGUGUAUCUUGUGUAUUAUUUCCACCGAACUUUGUGUUAUAAACGAUGUUUAUAGAUGUUAUAAACAAUGGAGCCUUAAUUUCCAGGAAGUGUUUAAUUAGCAGAUGGUUUAAACUCGCUGAUGUUUGGCCGUCAUCAUUAUAUAUAACAAUUUGGAGAUAAAAUUGUAGUAUACAAUUUGAGAAAGAAUUUUAUUUGUGAAAAAAAACCACAACGAUGUGAUGUUUUGAAAAAACUUCUUUACGGAAUAACAGGAGGUGGAGGGAACACUUUGUUUUGCCAUAUUCCCUAAGGUUUAUUCAUUAUUUGCUCUUUAAAUGGACAUUUUAGGUUUGUAAGAACUUUUUUUUUCCUUUGAAGGUAAAAGGGAUGCAUUUUAAAGAUUCACGUCUUUUGUCCCCUUGUUUUUCUCCCCCGUCCCGACAGCCCACCAGUCAUGUGUUACCGCCCUCAUCUUUCUUCCUCUUCAUUCCUUCUUUAAAUUAAAAAGUGAUUUUUGUUUUUCAAAAUGUGAGUUAGGGAUACAGCACCGGCAGUUACACAGAAUAACGUUUCUUUCUUUGGAUUAUUUUUGGGGAACUUGAGAAAAAAACAAAACAAAACCCAAAAUAAUGCCACACAAAACAAAGUUAUAUCGUAAGUCACAAACUGUCACAGAAAUAUAUUUCAAAAAGAACUAAACAUUUCUACUCUAAGACAUCCAUGGGACAGCUACCAUAAGGAUUGCAGUCAAUCGAAAGGUAAGCCCUUUAAUUUAUAUUCAAAUUAAGUCAAUAUUCAUAUUUAAUAAGAAAAGAACUGAUCAUUUCACCAACCUUUAUCAUUAGCAGGAAUAUACAUUUUAUUCAACACGUGGAGCUGUCUGCAGAUCCAUUCUUAAUUAUGCAAAAACCCCUUGUAACACAGGUAAUGGAGAAAUAUAUGGGGGGGAAGGGGAACACCCCCCCCCCCCCCCCCCCCCCCCCCCCCCGCCAAAACCAGAUGACAGGAUCCUGUAUUUUGCGGACUGACUGAUUUUAUUAUACCCUUUGGGACAUACCUACUGCGAGCACAUACUGAACGUUAAAGAAGAUCCGGUAGUCUUGCCUACAUAUUUGUGGAGUCGCCAGAUGCGACCGUCAUUAGUAAUUAUGCCACAUCAUUAUAACUUUGGUGGAUUUUUGCAGCACAGUGGAGAGUCAAUAAGAACUUAUUACACGAUGGGAAAUGAGAAAAUAGCAGCCGCUGAAGUCCACUGAAGGUAUUCUUUAAGCCUGUGAUUGAAGACCUCAGCAUGGAAUUGGCCAAAAAAUGCACCAAACUCAUUAGUGACAUUCAUUAUAAAGAAGAAUAUAAAAAGUCUAAGGACAAGUGUACGUUUGUGCCUGACACGCCCAUGCUAAACCAUGUAAAAAACAUUGGUGCUUUUAUUUCUGAGGCAAAAUACAAAGGCGCCAUUAAGAAGAAUCUUUCCAAUUCUCUGUAUAGGCAGAUGCCAGCCACAAUUGAUAGUGUCUUUGCAAGAGAAGUUACCCAGCUUCAGAGUGAGGUUGCCUAUAAGCAGAAACAUGAUGCUGCCAGAGGAUUGUCAGAUUAUGCUCAUAUGAAGGAGCCACCCGGGAUCAAACAUGCCAUGGAGGUCAAUAAACACCAGAGUAAUAUUUCUUAUAGAAAAGAUGUACAGGGCACCCACACGUACAGUGCGGAUCUCAACAGACCAGACAUCAAGAUGGCCACGCAGAUCUCCAAGAUCAUAAGCAAUGCAGAGUACAAGAAAGGGCAAGGAGUAAUGAAUAAAGAGCCUGCUGUAAUUGGAAGACCAGAUUUCGAACAUGCUGUGGAAGCUUCUAAACUUUCUAGUCAAAUUAAAUACAAAGAAAAAUUUGAUAGUGAAAUGAAGGAUAAGAAACAUCGUUACAAUCCUCUUGAAAACGCUUCUUUUAGGCAAAGUCAGCUUGUCACUGCACUGGUGAGCGAUGUGAAGUACAAGAAAGACAUUCAAAAUAUGCAUGAUCCAGUCUCGGAUCUCCCAAACUUGUUCUUAGACCAUGCUUUGAAAGCCAGCAAAAUGCUCAGCCGACGAGAGUAUAGAAAGCUUUUUGAGGAAAACAAAGGAAUGUACCAUUUUGAUGCGGACGCCGCUGAACACUUGCACCAUAAAGGCAACGCCAAGCUCCAGAGUCAGGUUAAGUAUAAAGAAGAAUAUGAGAAAAAUAAGGGGAAAUCCAUGCUUGAAUUUGUUGAGACGCCAUUGUAUCAAGCUUCAAAGGAGGCUCAAAAGAUGCAUAGUGAGAAAGUUUACAGAGAGGAUUUUGAGAAGGAGAUUAAAGGAAGGUCAUCACUCGAUUUAGACAAGACUCCAGAAUUUUUACAUGUUAAGUACAUCACCAACCUUCUGAAAGAGAAGGAAUAUAGAAAAGAUUUGGAAAAUGAAAUAAGAGGGAAAGGAAUGGAACUUAACUCAGCCGUUCUUGACAUUCAGCGAGCAAAACGCGCAUCUGAAAUGGCAAGCGAGAAAGAAUACAAGAAAGACCUGGAGUCAAAAAUUAAAGGGAGGGGGAUGCACAUUGGCACUGACACCCUUGAAAUACAACAUGCCAAGAAAGCUUCAGAGAUAGCUAGUCAGAAAGACUAUAAGAGAGAUCUGGAGACUGAAAUAAAAGGGAAGGGCAUGCAGGUGGGCACAGACACUCCUGAUAUCCAGAGAGCUAAGAAGGCAUCCGAAAUGGCCAGCCAGAAAGAAUAUAAGAAGGACUUGGAAAAUGAAAUUAAAGGGAAAGGGAUGCAAAUAAGCAUGGACAUCCCGGAUAUGCUUCGAGCCAAGAGGGCAUCGGAGAUCUAUAGCCAGAAAAAGUAUAAAGACGAAGCAGAGAAGAUGCUUUCUAACUAUUCUUCAGUGGCAGAUAGUCCUGAAAUGCAGAGAAUCAAGACAACUCAACAAAACAUUAGUGCGGUAUUUUAUAAGAAAGAAGUAGGAGCUGGCACGGCCAUAAAAGAUACUCCAGAGACUGAACGAGUGAAGAAAAAUCAGCAGAAUAUUAGUUCACUCCGGUACAAAGAGCCGUGCCACAAAGCCACGCCCGUGAGCGUCACGCCAGAGAUGGAGAGGGUGAGGAGAAACCAGGAGCAGCUGAGUGCGGUAAAAUACAAAGGAGGGGUUAAACAAGCAACUUCAAUUUCUGAUCCACCAGAGCUGAAGAGAGCUAAAGAAAACCAGAAGAACCUCAGCAAUGUUUAUUAUAAAGGCCAGCUGGGAAGAGCCACAGCUUUAAGUGUAACUCCUGAAAUGGAAAGAGUGAAGAAGAAUCAAGAAAAUCUUAGUCCGGUAAAAUAUACCCAGGACCAUAAACAGAUGAAAGGUAGACCAAGUCUGAUUUUAGAUACGCCUGGUCUGAGAUAUGUCAAAGAAGCACAAAAUCAUAUUUCCAUGGUAAAAUAUCAUGAAGAUUUUGAAAAGACAAAGGGCAGAGGCUUUACUCCUGUUGUAGAUGACCCCGUGACAGAGCGAGUGAGGAAGAACACCCAGGUUGUCAGCGAUGCGGCCUACAAGGGCGUCCAUCCUCACAUUGUGGAGAUGGACCGGAGACCUGGAAUCAUUGUUGCACCUGUCCUUCCUGGAGCCUAUCAGCAAAGCCAUUCUCAAGGCUAUGGGUACAUGCACCAGACCAGCCUGUCAUCCGUGAGGUCAAUGCAGCACUCACCAAAUCUAAGGACCUACCGAGCCAUGUACGAUUACAGCGCCCAGGACGAAGACGAAGUCUCCUUCAGGGACGGCGACUACAUCGUCAACGUGCAGCCCAUCGACGACGGCUGGAUGUACGGCACGGUGCAGAGAACUGGGAAAACGGGGAUGCUCCCGGCGAAUUACAUCGAGUUUGUUAAUUAAUUAUCUCCCCUUGUCUUUGAGCUUUAUUCUAAUGUAUACUAGACCUAAUCUUUUUAAAGGCUAGAAGAUACUUUUAAGACAACGUGGCAGUUAUUUUACAAUAAUCUCUCUCUACUUUGACAAUUAGACACGCAGGUACCAGGAAGAGGGAAUGACUUCUGGGCUGAAAACAGCAGCAUUUUCAGGAAUAGCUGUAAACAAAAUCGUUAGGUCUGGAGACCCUGGUGCUGCUAACUGUGUUAAUGGUUUCCUUUGACUGGCUUUCGAACACUGCUGGGGAAUGUAUUUUUGUAGACUUUAAUAGAGAUGUUGAGUGUCCCUUAAAUGUAACAAGUCUCUGAAACUUCUUAGCUGUCGCUUUGGAACCACCAGAAGCCGAUUCUCUUAAUUCAGUAACACGGCCGAUGGUUUAAAAACAGUUAGCUUUUGAGUCAUUGGGGAAUUUCCAAUUCAAGUGAAAAUUGCCUAAUAUAAUAAACGUAAGCAGUGGCAGAAUGACAGUUUGGUUACAAUUAUACUGACUGGUGGCCUCAGGGACCUAGAAACUUCUACCGAACAGACAUUUCCUUGUUCCCUAGGCUGACUUGGGUCUAUUUAUUUCUCAUUUGUAUCAAGGGAUACCCUUCUCUCCACUUUACAUCCUGUGGGCCCGAGUCUACGCUUGACUGCACAGAAUGUCAGGACCAAAUGAUGUCACAGCUACUCCGCAAAGGGCAAAGUUUAAAGUCAUCGCUGUUAUUUCCCUAGUAGCUUUUACCCUGCUGCAUGUCACGUAGGUUCAAGCUCUGUAACAUAGGCAGCCGCACUGCCCGUCCCUGUUAUGAAAACAAAAACCGUGGCUGAUAACCUCACAGCCCCUCCCUCUAGCGGCCAGCUCAUCAGAAAAACAUCUUUUGAAAAGUUGCUUGAGAUCCUCUUGCUGUCCUGCACUCUAGUUUCGAAGGAUUUACACCUUUAGGAAAUAGACGUCUACUCUAGCCCAUAAGUGGUUUAGGUGUUUACUGAGCAACUUUCAUUAACUUAAUGCCGCCGUUGAUUGAAAAGGAAAGAAAACGGACUAGGAGCCAGUGACGACGCAGUGUACUAGAGGCGACGCGUGAGCAAAAAGUCCCCCCCUCCACACCGAGAUGAGCCGGUUUCCUGUUUUGGAAAACGGCAUUCAGAUCUGGGAAUGGAAAUCUAGCCACCGAAACCGCUUAGACUUGGAAAGACUUCCCUUCCACUUUCUUCCGGUUUUUCUUUUCUAAACCACAUUCAGGGGGUAAGGUGAAAUUGCCAACCGAGAUUUUAAGUAUAGGCCCAAGAGGUUGUCCACUGAAAAAAGCAACUGUUGUCCUGUCUCGAAUUUGAAAUGAGAGACCUUGCAGGCUCUUUCUGGACUCACGGCCCAUGCUACAGCCCUUGUUCGCCUGUGGUCCACAGUCUAGAUCACUGGAGAAAUGAACGUCCAUCAGCGACUCUGUGUUUUUCUGAUGGGUUCAGACGUGCAGGAGGGUAGCGUUUUUGGAGGUCUGGCUCUACAGACUCACUCUACAGUGACGAAGCUGGAAAAGCCAAGUCACAGAAAUAUGGUGAAAUGUAUGGAUCUUGGGGAUAUCUCCCUUCUAUAGUAUAUGCAAAGAAAUUAACAAAACAUCCUAUAAAGUACCUUUUUUUUUUGAAGUGUUUAGGAGUCCAAAACCAAAUGCUAACUCAUUUAUACUUUUUGAAAAGUUAGCGCAUACUUUUGAAAAUCGAUAGUUUCAUUCGAUCCAGCUAAAAGAACAAAUAAAACUUUGUUACACUCGAGCUGCAUCUGUAAGACAUUCACAGAAAAAGAAAAGACAGGAAUUUGGGUAAAAAAAACUAGAGAGUCUUUUUGAGGGGGGUCUCACAGAUUACUACAUAACCAACUGGACUGAUUUUUUCUAUCAGUGAAAUGGUCGGUCAUGAUUAAAUCGACCCCAUUCGUGUUUUGAUAGUCUCAUAGGCAAACCGACAAAGACAAGCUGAAAUUGAAACAUUCUUACAAAAAUUUCUGUGCAUUAAAACCUAGGGCAAUGAACUUGCUCGAUUUACUUAUAUUUCCCCCAGACAAGUCCACUUUUUGUGAAGUCGUUGAUGACAUCUGCAGACUAAGUGUGGGACGGGUACAGUUUUUGAGAAAUAGCACAUUUGAACAGCAGCAGACUUGACAUGAUGCUUAUAAUUUUGAGAAAAUACCGUAAGGCAGCAGUUUGAUGCUCCACGGUCAUUCUCAUCCACUAAUUUCAAAAUCAGAUUCAUGGAAUGUAGAAGUCAAUAAUUAUUAGGGGAAUAAUUCUCCUAAGAUUGGAAGCUUCCCAUAAUGUUUGCACAGCGGGAUGUUUCUGCUCCCAGCCUCUAGGAAUCAAGGCCUGCUCAGAAUUUAACUCGAGAGCAGUUACUCUACCAUAAAGACUGAGGGAGACCGAGAUGUCACGUGCUCCCGACACCAUAACUUGAUAAUGUCACUGUUCUUAAAACUUGUCAGGAUAUUGAGCAUCUCGGCAGAAAUACAGGAAACAUACAUGUAUAAUACCAAAGUGCUAUUUUUACAGGAUCAUUUUUCAAAACUACAUUCUCGAACAGGGGUUCCACUUUGCACGCGCCUCCCCCCUUCAAUUUGGCGACCCGUAUCUCAUACAUAACGCUGGCGGCGAAAGAAGGGUUGGAAAAAAAAUCCGUCUUUUACAAAUCAAGUUAAAGGAGACUGGGAAAUGUUCAAGCACAGGGAGCAUGCACUUGAUUUUCUGAAUCUGAUGCAUUCUCAAGCCUGAUAAAAAGCACAAAGGAGCAGGUUGACACGUGCGUGUAAGGUUCCCAAAACACAACUCCACGCGGAUCCUGUCUCUCUUGAGAAAAGCAGAGCCAACAGGAUAGAGGACCUCUGUUGUGAGUUUUUGUAGCAAGCGUUUUUACUAAUUCUCGUUCUCUAGGGAGGAUUUCUAUUUCUCACCUGUGGCAAAACAAAUUUCUUCACACCUUCUUGUCCUCGUUUACACAUCCGCAGCGUAGCCCAGUUUAAAAUUUGUAUCUGGUUGUCAGAUCCCCGCGUGGUCCCUGCCUGUUCCUCAGGCUUCCCCCACCUCCAGAGACCACACAGGAAUUUGCCAGCACAAUUUCUCCGGGCACCUUGUGUGAACAUGGAUGAGGUUGGACUGGCCCCUCUCUUGCCAAAGAGCUUGGUUCUUUGCUCGAAGAUGAUGGAGAUGUGGUGUUGGCAGGCCGCCCGCGGUCUUUCUCCCCCGUCAUCUCCCCGUCGGGCUUGACGACGCUGCGGGAGGGCGGGAACCAGACUUUUCUCGAACAAUGAAGUUCAGGAGGUACAUACAUCUCUUUUUCAGGUGCGUCCAUGUGCAGCGAAAUGUUUUUAAUGAAAAGAUAAAGAAAACGUGUGUGAUCCUUUAAUAACACAUCCCCUAUAUAAAGUGGAUGGAGUUUAUACCAAAAUUAUAAUAUAGAUAUAUUUUAAAAAGGUGCCUUUUUGAUUGCCCUUGUUAAUCCAUGAUGGUCUUGGAAAGAAAACCAAGCAAGCAAGCAAGCAAGCAAACUUCUAUCUAUUCUAUAGUAAUAUUUUAUUAUACACGACUGGUAUUUUUGUGGUGGGGGAGUGAGACGCUCCUGACAGAUCCGGAAGGUGGUAACCGAUUGUAUUUUACCUGUAAAGGUUUAGAACUUUAGAAAACACUGACUUUCCCCAUCUAUUUCUGAAAGGUUCUUUGUGGAUUUAUGUAUAUAGUCAGGAUGCAUAAACAUUAACUUCAGGCCUGAGACUUAAAAUACCUAUUGUAAGACAGAAGCAUUAUGUUAUGAGGCUGAAUUCAUUGCGGAAGAUGAGAUUCACUUCAUAAAUGUCAUGAUACCUUAGCUAUUUGCUUCUGAGAAUCUAAAAGUGGCUAGAGCGUGCAUGUUCUGGGUAACGUGACUCCGAGGCGAGAAAGCUUCAGUUAAGCGAGGAACAAUGCGAACUCAGUUAAGAAUGCUAAAACGGAAGUCUCUUUCUGAAGUAUUCCAUGGCCCUUCGGAUCCUUUCCAAGCAGCUGACUGUCAACUGUUCAUUAAAAAAAAAAAAAAAAAAUCAGGACAUUGUAUGAUGCUUGUGUGGCCGUCGUUUCACGAUGUCUAGACCGCUGGAGUCCACAAGCCUGGAAGGAUCCCCAGGGCAGACUUCUCCCCAGCUGUCCAUAUCACUUCAGUAUAGCCAUGGAAUUCAGAUGCUUUUUGUGUUUGCUACACGGUGUCCCGUUCACAUAGUACACGCUUCUUUGUAAUCCAGUUGCUGUAAAGAAUGAUUUGCUUUGAAGGUAAAGAGAAAACCGCAUCACAGUCCCAUUUCUUCGGUGUCCAUACAAUGAAUGGCGGAGCCUUUAGAGGCAGCACCAGACCUGUGGCAGGCGUGGUGUGGACAUGUUGGCCUUUGACCUGUGAUGGGAAUAGAGAACUAAACCAAUGUGCAGUUUGGAUUCUGUUCGCUCCAAAAAUGUGCAGUUGUGGUUGAUGAUUCAUUUGCAAGGUUGUGCUAACUUUGAGAGCAGACGGUUUGGGUGGAAACGAUGUUUUCUGAAAUGAAGGGGCUUAUAGAAUGAUACGAUGUUAUGAACAUAAUUUGGCUUUUGUUAUGCAAAUUAACACCAGCUAUUAAAAUAUAUUUUAGUAGAAAUGCUUUAA